AUGGACAUCGCCGCGGAAGAAACAUCGUCUCCUCUUCAAGGUGUCAAAUAUGUCAAACCAUUUUCCAAUUUCUUUCAAGCAUCUAAACAGCGAUUUGCAAACGCUGAUCCCGACAGUGGUGUUCACUUGGUUGGUCCAAUGUUCGAGCUUACGGCUUGUAUCGAUAAGGAAAAGAGUAUUCAGGACUUUGACGCAAUUUACCCAGAAUCUGGCGUCUCAUUUGGCCCAACAAUUUGUUCUUUUGGUCUUCCAUAUAACGACCACAACUACGCACUUCCAGUCGGAUUGACUCCCCCCACCAUGGCCCCCCAUUUAAUGGACCUUAACAUUCCCUCACUAACUUCUCGUGAGUCCGACCUCGAUGUCAACCUCGUUACAUCAAAUGAGACAUCUAAACAUCCACGUGACGGCGAUUCGGAAACCAGGACAGAAACGAUGACCGAAAAUAUGGAGGCUAGACCAGAAACAUAUCCUCAUUCCAAAUGUCUUAUAAAAACCAGGGGCCUGAAACCAUCAACUCUGUGUCCUAAGGUGGUCACUUCGCCUACAAAGAUUACGCCAUUGGUAUUUGCCUCAGUUGCAGAUUCAACUGCAGGUCUGUCAGAGCCAAAGAAGGCCUUGUUCGCUGCAUGGCAUGCCAAAGCCGCAGCUAGUGGGGGUACGCUGCUAGUACAACAGCGUUGGAAGGCACCGGAAGCAGGGCAGCAGGAGGUGGCGACACAGAGGCAAUUUGUCAAGGAUCAGUCUGCUUUUUCCGUCCCUCGGUACUGCAAAGGCCUCAUAAAAGCAUCUGAUGGGGAAGGAGAAUAUAGGUGUGAUUUGGAUAUGAAAGUUAUCGAGGUUCCCGAUGAUAUUUGUGUAUCGCCAUCCAAACUGAGUGACCUCGAAAGCAGUGACGAGGAUCGUGAUGAAGAUGAUGAUGAUGAUGCAUCAACAGUGCCUUACCUGAGUCCCUGUCGAUCGGUCGACAAAUUGUUACAACACGUGGAAUGCAUGGAGGUUGUCUAUGGGGAAGGCGCUCGCACUAGCGAGGCCGACCCCGCGCAAAUAACGCCAGUGGAAGUGUUAAUGGAUCCGGCCAACUACGUCUGUGCGACGUGUCUGCGACCACCCUUUGCUAUAAGCUCGGUCGUUCUUGAUCGUAUCCGAAGCGCAGCCCAACAACGCCAGUCUGCCAGGGCUCUAGGCCUCCUGCCUGUUGCGGGCCUGCAAUCAAGUAAGGGCGAAGGCGUGAAAGCCCCACUUGGUGGCGCCCAACUGCUGGCAAACGCUACUGACAGAGCUCGCCAACUUGGUCUUAUCGGCUCUGGAGGUGGUUCUCGGGCUUCCAUCUCUUCUAACAAUUCAGAGGACCGUUUGACCUUGGUGAGUUUGCCCAUUUCCUGCAAUCUUGUACUUGUCACCGCCACUUCAAUGAACUCCAAUCUGGCCGAGGCAUUAAUCGCCGUCACUUCGGUCAGUCCAUUCACUGGAAUAAAAGCGUCAAGCGUGGAGUGGUUCGAUCCCGUGUUUUACCAAUUGGUUUGCUCAAAACACUGA